CUUUAGCAUGCUGGUUUGUUCACUAGUGUGUUUGGUGUAAGAUUACUAAGAAGAUGGCCAUGGAGAUGGUACAAGGGGAGGAGCAAACUAAGGACUACAAGGAUCCUCCUCCUGUACUUCUGGUAGACAGGAAAGAACUGGGCCUAUGGUCAUUCUAUAGGGCCAUAAUAGCAGAGUUUGUGGCUACAUUGCUUUUCCUCUACAUAACAAUCUCAACUGUAAUAGGGAGCCAGAAGAAUAGUGCCAAUUGCAAGGGGGUUGGGCCUCUUGGAGUUGCUUGGUCUUUUGGAGGAAUGAUCUUCCUUCUGGUGUACUGCACUGCAGGAAUUUCAGGAGGGCACAUUAACCCAGCAGUCACAUUUGCCCUUUUUCUUGCCCGGAAGGUGUCACUACCCCGGGCAGUUAUGUACAUCAUGGCUCAAUGUGUGGGAGCCAUUUGCGGCGUUGCACUGGUAGACUGGUUUCAGGACUCUUAUGUUUCAGGAGGGGGAGGAGUGAACACUGUCCAGAAGGGAUAUUCAAAGACAGCAGGCCUUGCGGCUGAGAUUGUUGGAACCUUUAUCUUGGUUUAUACAGUCUUUUCUGCCACAGAUCCUAAACGCAAAGCCAGAGACUCCCAUGUCCCGGUAUUGGCUCCGCUGCCAAUUGGUUUUGCAGUGUUCAUGGUUCAUCUUGCCACCAUUCCUAUUACUGGCACAGGCAUAAAUCCUGCAAGGAGCUUUGGUCCAGCUGUUAUUUAUGGCCGUAAACAACCCUUGGGAGAGCAGUGGAUAUUUUGGGUGGGUCCAUUGGUUGGAGCUACAGCUGCUGCAGCCUACCACCAGCAUGUGCUUCGAGCAGAAGGGAUCAAGGCUUUUGGGUCCCUUCGUAGCCAGCCCAGUACUACAGUGUAAAAAUUCCUUGAGACUCAGUAUCGAUGAUAAAGCUCUCUUAAAGAUUCUAAAUAAGAGGAAACUCAUUUGACGCUUGUAUAUGUCUAGCCAGUCAAAGUAUUUUUAUAAAUAAUUGAAAAUAAUCAUCUUUGUAUUUGGAAAUUUUCCUUUUGCUGGUCAAACCUUUAGCUUACUCCAACAUAUGAGGCCACGUAUAGGCCUGGGUGAAUUUGAUGUAAAAGAUGCACCUCAUUCGUGGCAUCUAAUAACGACUUAAAAAGGAAUAUAUGUAGUUGUUUUCCUA